AACCUCUCCUAUAUAACCUUUUGCAGAAACUUCUCCUUUAUAACCUUUUACAGCAACUUCUCCUUUAUAACCUUUUGCAUCAAAAUCUCCUAUAUCACCUUUUGCAGCAACUUCUCCUCUAUAACCUUUUGCUGCAACUUCUCCUUUAUAACCUUUUGCAGCAACUUUUCCUAUAUCACCUUUUGCAGCAACUUCUCCUUUAUAACCUUUUGCAGCAACUUCUCCUAUAUAACCUUUUGCAGCAACUUCUCCUUUAUAAUCUUUUGCAGCAACUUCUCCUUUAUAACCUUUUGCAGCAACUUCUCCUUUAUAACCUUUUGCAGCAACUUCUCCUUUAAAACCUUUUGCUGCAACUUCGCCUUUAUAACCUUUUGCAGAAACUUCUCCUUUAUAACCUUUUGCAUCAACUUCGCCUUUGUAACUUUUUGCAGCAACUUCGCCUUUAUAACCUUUUGCAGCAACUUCGCCUUUAUAACCUUUUGCAGCAACUUCUCCUUUAUAACCUUUUGCAUCAACUUCGCCUUAAUAACCUUUUGCUGCAACUUCGCCUUUAUAACCUUUUGCAGAAACUUCUCCUUUAUAACCUUUUGCAUCAACUUCGCCUUUAUCACCUUUUGCAGCAACUUCUCCUUUAUAACCUUUUGCUGCAACUUCGCCUUUAUAACCUUUUGCAGAAACUUCUCCUUUAUAACCUUUUGCAUCAACUUCGCCUUUGUAACUUUUUGCAGCAACUUCGCCUUUAUAACCUUUUGCAGCAACUUCGCCUUUAUAACCUUUUGCAGAAACUUCUCCUUUAUAACCUUUUGCAUCAACUUCGCCUUUGUAACUUUUUGCAGCAACUUCGCCUUUAUAACCUUUUGCAGCAACUUCGCCUUUAUAACCUUUUGCAGCAACUUCUCCUUUAUAACCUUUUACAGCAACUUCUCCUUUAUAACCUUUUACAGCAACUUCUCCUUUAUAACCUUUUACAGCAACUUCUCCUUUAUAACCUUUUCUUUUGCAGAAACUUCUCCUUUAUAA